CACCUUUGUGUCACGAAAGUCUUGUUUUCUCAAAACUUUAACUGGGAGAUGAAAAAUAACGCGAAAUAUGAGGGAAUUUGAACUUCAGAGCUUAAAAUCGCUUAGAUCUGUCCCUCUAAUUUGUAUAAAAAUCACUAGCUCGUCAGGGAAAGAAAGUAAUCUGACAGUAAGUUUGCGUGAUACAGUAAACGCUGUGAAGGAUAAAGCACUUGGAGGAGAAUUUUCGAAGGAAUCUCCGAGCUAUAAACUUAUCCUCGCCAGAUCAAAUAGUGAACUGAUUGACUCGAAAACUCUUGAGGAAGAAAAUGUCCGAGAUAAUGACGAAUUAAUACUCUUCAGAAAACGACCUCACGCUACUGCUGAUGUUGCUGAAAAAGAAUGCAAAACUAGCUCUUACCAAGUCCCUGACCUGAAAGGGGUCAAGAAGCUAACUGCCAAGCUUCCCGCUGGGAAGAUAAAGGAACCGUCUCUCAGUUUGUCACCUCCCACUUUGGAUUUCAAUUCAGAACUUAGAAGGAUUCUCAUCUCCUUGAUUGACUCUUCCAUACUCCUUCAGUCUGUGAAUGCUUCUGAUGAAAAUGAUAGUGCAGUUCAAGAAGAGGACACUCAGCCUAAUGUUGAUCCAACUGUACUCAAGCAAUUAAUAGAUAUGGGAUUCAAAGACACAAGAGCUAAAAAGGCUCUGAUUUUGAACAGAAUGUCUCCUGUGCUGGCUAUGGAAUGGCUUCUACAGCAUGAAAAUGAUGCUGACAUUGACGAGCCUCUGACGUUAGGAGCAAGAGCUGGGAGAAGCUGUAGGAAAAGGAAGGAGUUUGUUCCCAAUCCAAGGGCUGUAAACAACUUGAAAGAAAUGGGUUUUCAGGAGGAAGAAAUUCUUGCAGCACUCAAAGCAACUGGGAACAAUCAGGAAGCUGCUUGCGAUUGGUUGCUUGGUGACAGACAGGGAGGCGUAGGAGAUGUCAGUGAAGGCCUGGACCAGUCUAGUCCACUGUAUCAGGCCAUUAUGGAGAAUCCUUUAGUCCAGCUUAGUCUCAAUAACGCUCGAAUUCUAGGAGCAUUUGAAGACAUGCUAGAAAAUCCAUCGACAAGUUCAUUUUACAUUAACGACCCAGAAACUGGGCCAGUUUUACUGCAAGUCUCUCGGAUAGUGCAGGGGUUUGCUAGAUGAUACUAAACCAUGUUACUAAAUCUGUAAAUAUUUCGUGUAUCAGAGUAGUACAGUCUUGUAACUCUUCUGAAUAGAGAGUCUUAUUUGCUUGUCAUAGGAACAUGGCCCCGUAACGAAGUAACCGUAAUUGCGAGUUUCAAGAGGAAAAAGUCGGACAAUGACUUAAGUUACAAAUUUUUGCAUCUGUUUUCAAGCAGGGAUUUUUGUAGAGUGUAAGGUAGCUCACUUUUGGCGCACAGUGCAUGGAAACAGUGGGGAAUUCCAAGUCACGGACAACAAAAUUGUGUCCAAGUGACACUGUUACUGUGAAUAAGUUUCGCUGGUAGAAGUUCGGAUACUUAUUGUACCACAAGGGUACAUUUUCUACCCAAGACUUUGCUUAUAGUUUUUGUAAAGUGUUGAGUUCUAAAAGUGUUCCUGAAUCCGUUUGAUUUAUAUCGCUUUCGUUACAAAGUACCUCUUAAGUAAUGACACUGACCGCGGUUUGUGAUUCCAGAGAUUGGCAUAAUUAUAUUUUGUGCACCGCUAUUUUGAAUCCAGCCGAGUAACCCGGCAACUAACUUAUGACGUAAAAAGUCUUCUUCCUCAUGAUUACGAGCCUCACAGAAAAGGCAUUCUUGACUCAACGAAUGAUCUUUUGCGCUUGUCUGUGAACGGCACCCUGUAGCUUUGGCUGUAUGAUCAGAAGCUCGUUUCUCGAAAUUCCCUGUAACUUCACGGGCCCAUAGCCAUAUUUUUUUUUUUUUUUAAAUCUGAACCUGAGGAAUAGUGGGCGGGCCUGAGUUGAAAAACUAGUUUGUUUUUAUUUCGUUCCGUGAUAUUCUUACCGUUUGAAUUUCAAAACUGUCAAUAUCUCGAUCUUGCCCAUUAUGUUACUGGAAGCUUCGAGAGACGGGCCAAACGUGGCAGAAUUUUCAGACUAAAUAUUUAUUUUUCAUGAUAUGGUAUGGUGUGGUAUUUUCUGAGCAUUUAUUAUCAGUUUUCAAUGGCUAGGUUUCUAUGUAGAAUCUCAAAAGGGAGUGUGAGCUGUAAUCAGUUUCCAUACACCCUUGUUAAUAGCAGUGAUAAAAAAUAAAAAAAAAUAAAAAUUGAAAUCAUCUGGUUUCUGGUGCACAUUUCCCUUUUAAUAAAGCUAACAAGAAAGCUGAUAUUUUCUUUGGCUAUGGAAUUUGGAGAGAACAUUUUCUUCUAUUUUUUUUAAUUUGCUCAAAUUAUUCCUUUCUAAAAACCCAUUGUGGGACAUUUUGUGUUUUUUUUUUCAAGUUACUAGAAAGUUAUCUGACCCUAAUCCUGUGGGGGAAAGAAAGGUGUCUUGGCCUCCUUUGGUUUUCUCUCUCUUCAAUAUUUGCAAACCAAGGCAAGGGAUGUCAAAUAUUGUUUAAUUUUCUAUUUCUAUUUUCUUUUGUUUGUAAAAUAACAGACCAUUAGUUUGUGAUCAUAUUUCUGGUUUCGCCCUAGUAACCAUCAGCUGGUGUAAGUAGUUAUAACUUUGGAAUAAUUUCAAUUGAAUAUUUUAAUAUUUUUUUAGGGAAAUUUUCAAAAGUACAAUAUCUCGAUGCCGUAGCUCCUGCUUUAGUGAUGAAAAUAAACGAUAAAAAAGGUUUCUUCGUGUGUCGCCAUCGGUAAAGCUACUUCCAAGCCUAGAAAGAUUGCAAGAUAAGAUGUGAAUUAAACAAAGUGGAAUUCAUUGUCUAAGUUCAGUUCAGUGACGAAACACGCCUAGAACUUGACAGAGUUCUUGUGUGUGAAUAGGCGUAAUGUUUUUCUCGCGCUUCUCAAUCAAUCAAUCAAUCAUAUCCUUUAUUUAAACACGAUGAGGUUUAAAGCUGGGAGCUUGUGGGGUCGUGUAAAUAUGAUCACAAUAGCAAUAAGAAUAGUGUCACUUAAAAUCACUUUACAAAAUAUACAGUAAGAAUAAUAAAAAUGAUUUACAUUG